GAGGGAGGGAGAGAGCGAGGGAGGGACCGAGAGAGAGAGAGAGAGAGAUAGAGCGAGCCACAACAACAACACACCGGCCGCAAGCACCCAAACUUGACGAGCCGCUGAUGGACGCAGGAAACUGACGUCUUUAUCUCUCCAAGGCCACAGACACACCUUCCGGAGCCUCCCCAGUCCUCCCCAUAGUCUCCCCAAGCUGAGGUCACGAGCACUAGGUCACCACGAUGGAGGUCACAGUUGAGAACUUCGCGGAGACUCUUCCCAGCAUCCUGCAGGCGGUGGAGCGAGCAGAUUUUAUUGCUAUUGACGCUGAGUUCACAGGGCUGCGGCGCAAGGAGACGUCUCGGUACUGUGAACUUGACACCAUUGAACAAAGGUACACCAAGGCUCGGGAAGCGGCGAAAGACUUUGGAAUGAUACAGUUUGGCAUUACAGCAUUCAGAUACAUACGAGAAAAGUCAUCGUACUCGCAUGCAACUUUCUCCUUCUACCUGCUGGGCAAGACAGGUGACAUGCUGUACUAUGACAACACAAGCCUCAAGUUCCUUGCUGACAAUGGAUUUGACUUCAAUAAGUUAUUUAAAAGUGGAUUACCUUACCUCUCAAUACUGGAGGAAACUGAGAAAAGAGCAGAGUUUGUCAAUCAAGCACUAGAGCCUUACCCUCCCACGCCAGUGAAGGUGGCAGAGGAAAAGGCAAGAAAAUUUUUGACAGAGACAGAGGAAAAAAUUGAAGCUCUUUUAGCAGAUGACACCCGAGAAACUUUGAUUAUCCCAGGAGGGACUUUGCCGGGCUUCCACCGCAAACUCCUCUACAACAACAUUGCCGCCAAGUACAAGAAUGUCCUCGUGCGGAGCCUCACGAUAGACCAGGAAAGGAAUAUCGAGAUCCGUAAAUUUGACUCCCCUGAAGCCAGACUAAAGUUCUUGGAGGCGGAAAGGGAACGGAAAUUAGAUGAAAAAGUCGGCUUUACACACGUGGUCCGCAAGGUGCUGGAGAGUGGCAAGCCGCUGGUGGGCCACAACAUGAUGCUGGACCUGUUCCACCUGAUAGAGAAGACGGUCCAGCCGCUCCCCGACACACUGGAGCAAUUCAAGAGCAUGGUCCGGGCAAACCUUCCAGCCGUCUAUGACACCAAACUGAUUGCCAAGGAUCCUCCAUUUUGUGUAGACAUCCCUAUCACCUCCCUCGGCAACCUGUACAACGACCUCUGCAGCAAGUUUAAUCCACCGAAAUUCACUGUGGAGGACAGCUACGUGAGCCACACUCUGAAUGGUGACGACCGGGCGCACGAUGCUGGCUAUGACGCUUUCAUGACCGGCGUGUGCUUCAUCACCAUGGUGAAGAAGCUGGAGGGUGCCAAUUGGAAGAACAAAUCUGUGAUCAGAUCAAAACAUUUAGUGAAUUUUGCCAGCAGAUUGAAUAACAUGAGCUCGCACGACAUUCCUUUCCUCAACUUGGUGGGGCCAGACGUUCAAACAAACAGAAGUCACAUAUUCUGUGUGGACUGCCCUUCAAGUUGGAAUGUGGCGAAUGUUCACAGUCUCUUCCACAUGAUGAAGCCAAUAAAGCUUGUGUGGGUCAGCAGCACCUUCCUCUAUGUCAUUCCUCCUGAAGAUGUAGCCUUAAGUGCCUGCAAACUGUACCUAAAGGACAUCCAGGGGUCAUGUCCCCCCAUGGUGCGGGUGAGGCUGUAUGGUGACACGUUGUCCACCAAAAGGAAGUCCCAGUCUGAUGAAGUGGCACCCGGAUGUGAGCCCAGUGCCAGCCGGGUUCAUGAAUUCAAGCGAUUGAAGAGUGUUGGGUCAGACCAGCUCUCCAAGAUGAGCCUUGAGUCCCCAAGCAUGGAAGAAGUCCCUCCAAUAUAUGCCAAUGCUAUUGACAAUGGAAAACGGAAGAAGACGGAUCAAGACUCGGCCUCUGAUGGGGUGUUUGCCAUCCCUGAUGAAUGGUAGGUUCACAGGGCCCACACACACCUAACCUGAGUCAUGUUCAAAUUUCAUAAGCUGCCAGAGACAAAGGGGAGAAAUGUCAGGUCCAGGGUUUUUAUCUUUCCCAUAUCUUGCUCAUAAGCAUCAGAUCUAGAACUCAGUUAGUCAUAUCUAAGGUUUGCAUUUUUCUACUGUUUUUCUUCAAUUUACUUUUCUUACACCACCUUGACCUUCCAUGGACUCCAUUUACUUAAGAACUGAAAAAAAAUUGGUUAAAUUGUCGACAUUCCAUUAUUGUUUUGAUUGCAUUUUUCAUCAGUGUGUGAGGAGAAACUUAAUGAAAAAGUGGAAGAAUAUGUGGCAAAACAAUAUAUCAAGCAUCUUUUUACUUCCAUGAAAGCUGGUGAGGAUUGGGGUGGGUAAAAAAUAGGCAUGUGAUGCAAGACUCAGUAUUCAUAGUUGAUAGUGCCCUGCGGGAUGUUUGGAAAGAUGAUUUUAUGAUUAUAUUUAAGUGUACAAUGGAGAAUUCAGGUUCAGAAUGUUAAGCUCCCCAAGAACCAUGUAAAUGAUAUUUUCUUACAACUGUACCAGCAACCUAAUACAGGCAACCAUCCUUAAACAACUGUUCUCUUAUACCAUUAACUUUCCCAAUCAAAAAUCUAUAUACAAUACUACCUUACAAAUGGUUACAUGAUCUGUCUAUGAUUGGUGGUGCAAUUACAUGAUCACCGUGCUACACAAUGGUGUUUAGACACACGCAUACAGAUACAUGGAGCUCUGUAGUUCAGUGGUUGGCAUGCCCACCUCACAACUAGGCAGAGUGGAUAGGGAUGGGCAGUCUCCUUCAAUUCAUACCUUCUGUCCACCCAGCAAGGAAUGUGUGCCGAUUAUCAGACAGGCUGUGUCCCGCCUCCCGGGUGGGUUUGGGUGGGAUGUGAGGUCUCGGCCGUACCCAAAGAUUCAUUCAUACGUAGCUCAAAACUCAAAAUGAGGAGGGAACAGACCAAACCUGACCAGCACUUAAGCAGAUUAUGAGUAAAUGUGCUUGAAGGAUGUCAAUAAAUACAGCUGUCCACAUAAAAGCCCUGAUCUUUGAAAUGGUCCUGACAGGAAGAUUAUCUCAAAACUUACAUGAAUUUGAUUGAUUGACACACAGACGGGACCCCUUCAGCAUUGCUUAUUUCUUGUUUAUUACAACUAAAAUAAACACACACACACACCAUACUGCCUAACCAUUGCCUAAAGUCACACACUGCGCGUCAGCUUGUCGCUGCCUCCCCUUCAUCUUAUUUUGACUUUAGGAACUGACUGCGUGUGUGGUCAGCAGCCUGGCAAGAGCUAAAUGAGGCUUUUAGACUGUGGUGUGGCUUGUAGAUAAUAGUGCUGGACAGUUUCAAGAAAUAAAUAUCAUUUUUUUUCAAUAUUUAAUUUUCUUUAGAAUUAUUUUAUUAUAUUUUUAAAUAAUAAUUGCAAAUAAACACUUGAGUUUGGUAGAGGGCUCUUUUAUCAUGAAUUCUUUCUUAUUUUUUAAGUGGCUAGGAGUUCAUCCCCCUGCAACUCAUGGUGUAAUGCUAUUGGUAAACAAUCAGUCACUCUAUGACAAAUAAUUUAAGAACUUAAUACAAUCAUAGAGGGAAGGAUGCCUGUAUUUUUUUUACAUUACUAACACAUAAGCAUAAUGAUGCUUGUAGUUAAACUGGGUCUAGUGAACCUCCAGCUACAAAUUUGUACAUUGUCUCAUGAGCAGAGCAGUGUUUUGGGAUAUGCAUGAAUGGACAUGUGUGUACAUAUGUGAACAAGUGUAUUCAGAGAGAGUACUUAUGAAGCAAUGUACAAAUUUUUGGGGUACCCUCAAUUUCUCACCUUAGUAGAGAAAAGUUUGUACCUCAAAGUAUUGAAUUACUACUAAAAGUCAUCAUGCUUGGUAAUUUGUUAAGGUUACAGUUAUCUGUUUAAUCACGAUUGCUGACAUUAAAUUGCAUUUCCUUAUUUCCUCACUCAUGAACUUCAGUAAGCACCCUAUGCUGGUAUCAGGCCAUGUAGUACAGUAUGGUAUGGUAAUAUUUUUUGUAUUCCGAAUAAUGGAUUAAUACCGUACCGUAAUUCCGUAUUGUACCUGAAAAUGAUUUAGUACCACACAACUAUGAUUAGUUAUUAUACCAUAAUUUCAUACUUGUUUCCAUGCCUAAAAAGAAUAAAAGAUCCAUUUUUCAAGGUGUAAUAUAUAAACAAAUUUACUACUACUAUUACUCAUCAUCAUCGUCAUUUCGUUUAACGUCCGUUUUCACUCUUCUUGAGCGGUUGGAUGCUUUAUGGUUCUCUUCCAUUCUACUCUGUCUUCUGCCCGCUCAUCCAAUCCCAUCAAUGCCAAGUCUUCCUGUAUACACCUUCUCCACGUUUUCCUAGGUCAACCAACUGGUCUCCUUCCUUCUACCUCUAAUCUCCAAAACUCCUAGCAUUGUAUCCUCCCCUGCUCUCUUCAUAUAUCCAAGCCAUCAGAGUCUUUCCCUUCUGAGCACUAUUUCCAGGUCCUCUACUCCACAUCUGUUAGCUAAAUCUGCACUGGACACCCUAUCUUGCCACCUGAUCCCCGCCAUAUAUCUCAGCAGUCUGUGAUCACUUUCUCUCAAUACCUCCAUCAAUUUUCUAGUUAGAGCCCAUGUUUCUCCUCCAUACAACAUCACUGAUCUAAUACACACUUGGUACACCCCUGCUCUGCUCUUUAGAGGGAUGCUAUAAUUUAUGAGUAGACUAGCCACCUCCCUCCACUUUAACCACGCUGCCGCCACUCUCGCUCUCACUGUCCUCUCCACUCUCGCCUCACAGUCCAGAACAUCUCCCAAAUAACUGCUAAUUAAAUACUAUAAUAAUAAUAAUAAUAUAAUAACUAAUGAUAAGUUUUCAGUGAGUAUAUAAUUAGGUACACCUCAUAAGUGAGAGAUACAACUAACUUUUGCCCUGGUAUACUGCCAUCAGAUGUCAGUAAUUGUGAUGGUCAUGGGCCGUGGCUGGUACCCAUGCCAACACUUACCCCACUGAGCUAAAGGAUAAUCCUAAAUCCAGAUCCACACCCAGGCACCUGCACUAAGAACCCCACCUAGCUAAUGAAGUCAACCCCAAGUGUUAAUAUAGCCAGAAUUCUGUCUCACUAAACUUGCCCUAGGGUGAUUGGAGGUUACAGUCUCACCCAUAUUUACCCAUCUAACAAUGCGAUUUGGUGUGGAAAUGGUAUGAUUUAAGUAUGAAAAUAUCUGUACCAUACUGUACAUAAAAAAGACAUGGAACUGUAAUAUCAAACCAUAAUUAUACCCACAAAUAAUUGUAUCAAACCAUGAUUAUACCCACAAAUAAUUGUACCGUGCCACAAUUCCGUACUACAUGCCCUGGCUGGCACCAGCCAUUGGGAUUGUUUUCAUAGUCUUUGCCACUGUCGCACUUCCCACUAUCGUAUAUAUUUCAAAAUGAGCUGCUAAAAGCAGUAUCAGUAAAGUGUGAAAAAUUUUAGCUUUACAUGGUAUAUGUGUGUUCUGUCCAACUUGAAAUUAUGAGUAACUGAGUUCUUGAUCACUCUCUCACCUUGGUAUUUCUUCAACAGGUGUGAGAUAUCAAAAAGUGAGGGAAGACUGCAUAUAGUAGCAUUAGCUAUUGCUUUGUUUAUCUUUUUUAAGUGGUUUUGGUAAUGAUGGCAAACAGUUAAUUUAGAUAACCCUAAAAAGUGUUUAAUUUUGCCAAUACCAUUGGCAAGGUGGAGAGACUUGAACAGUUCAUGCAUGUUUCUGUAUCACGACGCACAUAAAUUCUCACUCAAGGUAACCACAGUAUGCUUACAUUCUUCAUAGCAUUUUGUCAUGAGUAGUGCAAUAUGUACACACACACACACACACACACACACACACACACACUAUAUAUAUAUAUAUAUAUAUAUAUAUAUAUAUAUAUAUAUAUAUAUAUAUAUAUAUAUAUAUAUAUAUAUAUAUAUAUAUAUAUAUAUAUUAGAUGUGUAGCUGGUGUGUCAUUAAGAAAAACUGGCUGAGUGACUGUUUCCAGCCUCUCCACAGCGAGUGUUGGUAAGGAGCUAUUGUGUUGAUUGAUUUCUGGAUGAGUUAAUGAAUCCAAGAUGCUUAGUGACAUUGAUUUUGGUGUCUUUUCUCACCGUACUGAAUGCAUUCAGGACACAGUUUCUGUAUGUGUUUCAAAGAUAAAUUCAGUAAGGAGGUAUAUUUGUACAUGAACAUAAGUAGUGAACUUGUUUCAUUAUAUAGAGCAAAUGUGGCUGUUGAACACAAAGAAUACAAUAAUAUAUUAAGUUGAUUUUUAAAUGUCAUACUUGCUCAAGACACAGAGUAAUUUUGUGCAGGUCUGAUGUAUUCAAAGACUUUAAAAGUGCAAAUUUUAAUUGUAAAGUCACAAUAGCAGCCAAUGACAUUUUGAAAUGGUUGCAAAACUGUGAUUUAAAAACUUUGUGUGUAUUUCCAGUAUUAAAUACAUGAUGCAGACAAAACUGCAAAUGCAGGUGAUAUAGAUGUCCUCUGCUAACCAUAUUUUCAUGGUUAGCUUCUAUAAAUACAUUCUUUUUAUACACAU